UAAAAUUUUUAUGGUUUUCCUUUUUUAUUUUGGAGCACGUGUUCCGCAAAAAAUCUCCACGCUCUCGGCACUAGCACUAGCAGUACAGUAUUGAUUAGAAAAUUAAAAUAAGCAUUCUAAUUUCCAAUUAUUUCCCCAAAAAAAAAAAAAGGAUAAGGUCUUCUAAUCAGAAACGGACACUUGUAAGAAAGACCUGCAUUCUGGCUUUGGGUCCUAGAUCGGGGCUUAACGACCCAAUACUAUAGUCCAUAACCCGAGAUUGACCCUUUUACUAUCUUCUAGGGUUUCUUACUUCAGUAACUUAACUACCUAACACGCAAAAUUCCCACUCCACUCCUUGCCGGUUGCAACAUCUUUGAUUUUGGUCGACCACGGUAGGAACUUACUUGCAGAGAGACAAAGGAAGGUUUCUGCGUUUUUUGUUUGAUACGAUACGCUUUUAAGCUUUAUUUUUUAUUCCAAAAAGUAAAAUAAGGAACAGGACACGUGGAUCGGACGGUCUGUAUUCACCUACUAAAGUAAUUGAAUCCUCCUCAUCCUCGAUUAUCACAGGAAAAGGAAGAUGGUGUUCAAAAACAGGUACAUGGUGAUGGAGGUUUUUAUGAAUCCUAACAGGGACCAAGCGGCGGGUGAUUCUAUUAUAAUUACUCAGUUUAAUGUCUCUAAUGCUAUAAAAGAUAGCAUUUUGGUGAAUUUUGGGGAGUGUGGUUUGGCUGCAUCACUGGGAUCAUUUCAGGUUAAGUAUGUGAAUCCAAUUACUAAUAUGUGCAUCAUUAGAGCUUCAAGGGAGGAUUAUGAAAAAGUAUGGGCUUCCAUUACAAUGCUCAGAAGUAUUGGACAUUACCCGGUGGUGUUUAAUUUGCUUGAUUUAUCUGGAAAUUUACAGGCUACUAAAACUGCUGCAUUGAAGUGUGAGAAAGCAAAAUUUGAGCAGUAUAAGCUUAUGGUUGGUGAUCGAUUAUCAGCCGAUGAUACUCAUCGCAUGAAUAAUUAUCUUGCAAAGAUUGAAGUUUUGGAGCACUGAAUACUAUCAAGGUGCCUCGUUAAGCUUUCUCAGUCUGUGUUCAGUCACAUAUUUUGUCCACAGUUCUUGAAGUUUAAAUCUUUCGUUAUAAUCAUAAGCUUAAUUUUAGUGCAUACUCUCUUCCUAGAAGAUGGCAUUGUGGUUUUCCUAACAUAUGGUAUAGUAAUAUUUUUAGCCAUGAGUGAAGAGGCUUGUGAAAAUGUGUAAAUUUGCAAUCCAAUAGUAGUUAUAGGGACAUAGUUUCGGAGGGAAACUUGUUUUCAUUUGUUUCUUUCAUUUGCCUUCACUUCAAUUUUCUAGAUUUUUAGGAAGUGAUACAAUGUAUUUAUCGAUUAGCUUUUAUAUUAAUUUCAAACAAUUAAAGCAAAUUAUUCUUAUUUAUCACUUAUCAAAUGAAACUCUUCUUUUUCUUUUAC